UCUCGACUCUUCUACUUCAUUUCGCUUUCUGUCAUCCAAAAAAUCAGAUCGCUCCAAAGCUCUGCUUCCACUACAGCUUUUACAUUUUUCCUUUCGUUUUCACUCUUCUACUUCAUUUCGUUAUUUUGUUGCAGGAAAUAUUCAUCUUCCAAUUUUAGGGUUUUAUUGGGCGAUAUUGCAAGCCCUUUCUGGAUAUGAAGAGGAUUUGUGAAGUCGCUAUGAUUUCAUGCCAUGGUGCCCGAAUAUUGGCUUACGGAAGGUGGGCAGAGUGGUACUGGUGCAUUAUUGGAUCACAUAAUUGAAAGCCAUCCUGCUGAAUCGUGCUGCUUCCCAGCGUGAGAGUCAUUGAUCAACUUAUUUUUAUGCUAAUUACUGUACUAGGACAAAUGGGUUAACUCUUGAAUGCCGUUCGCGGACAACUUAAGUUGAUCGGUGUGUCUCUCUCUAGGCAUUUCUUUGUUUGAACUUCUGAACAAGUUAUUGAACACAAUGAUGCAUGAUUUAUAGGCUUCUUUGACUGAAGAUAUGCAUGUUGUCCCAGAUUUUCUUGGGAAUGGGUCGCCAAAUGCAGACCCAAAAGCGAAAGAUAUGGUCUGCGGCCUAACACUUGAUACAAGUUAGAAUCAGUUGGCUCUUCAGUAUCUUGCCACGGUACAAAUCAUUCAUAUGGCACGCGUCAUAUUGUUGAGCACUGCAAUGCCAAUGGUCACAAAAUUGACACGAUACUAUCAUGUGGAGGCCUUGCGCGCACUAUUAAUUCAAGAACAUGCAGAUAUAAUAGGUUGCCGCCCAAUAAUUCGUCCACGAGAAAGUGAACCUGUGCUCUUGGGUGCUGCCAUUCUUGGUGCUGUUGCGGGAAGGAAAUAUUCUAGUCUGCAUGAGGCCAUGAAGGCUCUGAAUGCAGUGGGGCAGGUACUAAUGGUGAAUUUUUUGGAUUUCAGUUUUUCAAAACUAAUAUUUUUUUACCUUUCUGAGGGAGAAUAUUUAGGUCUGAAGCGAGAUUAGUUACCUACUUUACCGCAUUUUUUGCGAGCCUUAUCAGCAGCUCUCAUCGUUCUCUGAUGGCUCAAGCCUUGACUUAAUUGAUUCUUCAUUCGUGGCUCACGGCGGGCGCUUGCUAUAUUGGAAGAUUAUGCUAUUCUUACCACAUUAAUAUACCACAUUAGUGUACCACAUUAUGUGGCAUUUGAUGUGGCUGUCCACAUCAUCUAAAUUAAUCAUAUUUUAAUUUAAAUUAAAAACCAUUUAAUAAACCAAUAAUAAAUAAAAAAAAUCUGAAAUUAAAUGAUGUUUGUGGCAUACGAGGAGUCUUCUCAUUCCUUCCUUCCUUCCCCGUUGCUUCUUCUCCCGUUUCUUCCUUCCUUCCUUCCCUGUUCCUUCCUUCCUUCCCCGUUGCACAACGAAGGUUUUCCAGUCGGCGAAAACAUGAGAAGGACAAUGUCAAUGUCGCACAGUAUAGAUAAUUCAUUAGCCUUUUUCAUGAUGCCGUUCUUCCUUUUAGCAUAAGUUGCUUGACGCCCAUUUGUAUUCUCCAACCCCUUAAUUUUUAGCUUUACCCUUCCCAUCCUGCACUUUGGACCGCGAAUCUUACGCUUGAACUCCCCUUCUUUGACAGUCCAAAAUAUCGAAAAGCCUACCCAAACGCAAAAACCAAUCAUUUCUUCAUCACAAUCUAUCCAAAUAGGGGAUCAUCGAUGAAUCUUUGUCGUACGAGAAUUAGUUGAGAUUAUGGUAUCCACACUAACGUGAAAAAAUCUGGGCUGAAACAAAAAAAAUGGCAUGGAAGAAGAAACGGGAGAAGAAGCAACGGGGAAGGAAGGAAGGAAGGAAUGAGAAGACUCCUCGUAUGCCACAAACACCAUUUAAUUCCAGAUUUAUUUAUUUAUUAUUGGUUUAUUAAAUGGUUUUUAAUUUAAAUUAAAUUAUGAUUAAUUUAGAUGAUGUGGACAGCCACAUUAGAUGCCACAUAAUGUGGUAUAUUAAUGUGGUAAGAAUAACAUUACUGUUAUAUUUUAUGCAAAAGCCUUGACAUGGCAACUGGUUAAGGAGUUGUUCAAAGAGAUAGGAUCCUUUAAUCAUGUCCGUUCAUUGUAUAUCAUGCAGUCAAUCUUCAUUAGGUACUGUUUGUGUUUAAUUUUAAAUAUUAUAAUUUAAAAUAAUUUAUGAUCGCAUGAUGUAUGAUGAAAUGACAGGAUUUUCGGGAUCUUCACAUAGGAAUCUCUUGUUCAAAAGCCAAACUCUAUACAGUAGAGAAAAAUAUCGAAAAUCAGCAGAGAAAAAUAUGCAUUGGCUCUGGUCAAGCGACAUUUCUCAUUGGCUUUUUCCGGGCGUUGGGUUAAAAAAAUCGAAUAGAGGUUUUUUGAACAAAUGAUUAUCUAUACGGGAAACAGGAAAAUGGUGGGUUUAUUCUCACAAUGAGUUAGUAAUAAUAUAGUUCAAACUUACUUUUGGUGAGAAUCGAAUAUAAGAUCUCCUUAUUUAUAAGUGAAGAUGAAUACCACUAGAUCGUAGUAAUAAGUGGUAUGCUUGCUUGCUUGUUAACUGUGAAGAAAAAACCCAAACACGUCAUUGUAAGAAAAUGCCAGCGAUAGAUACUUGGAAUUGUUAAAUAGCCACAUUUGAAUUACUUGGAAUUUUCCGUCCGUUAUCGUUGACCCGAAAAAAGGAACAAUACUGAUUGAAAGCUUGAUGGUGAUUUGGUGGUGGGGUGGUGAUGCAAAUGCAGGACAGAAAUGUCAAAUACUUACCAGGAAAAAAGUGGCUGUUUAGUGUUACAAUAUUCAGAGAAAUUAUGGCUGCAGAUGAUACAAAGCUCACAAACUUAAUCAUUUACCUUGUAUGCAUUGCACCAUGGAAAACUCACAAAGUCUCUUCCUCAUCGGACUUGUGUUGCUGAUCGACUACUCGUGUUUUCUUCCGUCUUCCGCAUCGUUUUCUAACGAUACCGAUCAACAUGCCCUUCUGGCAAUCAAAUCUCAACUCACUUACCCUGCCAAUGGUGUCCUGGCCGGUAAUUGGACCAUUAGAACAAGCUUUUGUGAUUGGAUCGGGGUCUCUUGCAGUAAGCGCAGGCAAAGAGUGACGGCCUUGGACCUUUCCUAUAUGGACCUUCAUGGCAUGAUUUCUCCUCACGUGGGUAACCUCUCUUUCCUCGUCUCGCUUCGUCUCCAGAACAACAGCUUAUAUGGAUUCGUGCCCCAUGAAAUCGGUCGUUUACAUCGCUUGAGGAUACUUGCACUUCAAGACAACCAGCUGCAAGGAAGCGUCCCUCCAACCCUACAUCACUGCCAGAAGCUCAAGGUCAUAAACCUUAGGAGAAACAUGUUAAGCGGUCUCGUACCCAAAGAGCUGGGUUCUUUACCCAUGCUUCAGCGACUGUAUCUCACUGCAAACAAUCUUUCGGGUGGAAUUCCGACAUCUUUGGGUAACAUUUCAACAUUACAUGAAUUGUUCUUGGACCAGAACAGCCUCACAGGUUCAUUCCCCUCUACUCUCCUCAACCUAUCUUCUCUUGUUUUUAUUAUCUACGAUCAAAUGACAAUAUUUUCGGAAAUCUUCCCGGGGAUCUUUGCCACUACUGGCCUAAUAUCCGAGAAAUUUCUCUUUCUCGCAACAGCUUCAGUGGCCCGUUCCCUGGUGAAAUAGACAAGUGCAAAAGUCUUGUGUUGUUAUCUCUAUCGUACAAUAGGUUAACUGGAAGUAUUCCAGAAGAAAUUGGGGGACUGCAAAAUCUUGAAACCUUGUACCUUGGUGGUAAUAACCUAACCGGUAAGAUUCCUCAAACCAUAAGUAACAUGUCCAACUUGAAGUACUUCAGUAUGGAAUUGAAUAACAUCAAGGGAAGUAUUCCUAGUGGCGUAGGGCGUCUUCCUAGUUUAGUCUCUGUUUUUUUCGCCGGUAAUGGGCUGAGCGGAGUUUUACCCCCAGGAAUUUUCAAUAUCUCCACCAUAACAGAUAUCGCCGGAAGAGAUAAUGCCCUUACCGGAAGUUUCCCUUCAUAUACUGGAGGGAUUUGGGGUCCUAACCUUGAAACCCUCGGGCUUUCAACCAAUCAAAUCACUGGAAAUAUCCCGUCCUACUUUUCAAAUUUUAGUAAGCUUACCAUGCUUGAUUGUAGCUACAACUUACUCCAUGGACCAGUUCCCAUGGAUCUUGGUAACUUAAAACACCUUAACUUUCUUGUUUUAGGAGCAAAUAAGUUAACAGGAGAACCUGGAGUUCUUGAGCUUAGGUUCCUUUCUUCCUUAUUCAGUAGCAGCUCGUUGAAAACAUUAGUUGUGAGUGAAAAUCCCCUCAACGGCAUCAUCCCGGAUCACUCCGGAAACUUUUCUUCUUCCUCUUCCCUUCGAAAGUUGUAUGCACAGCUGUGCCAAAUCAAGGGUCAUAUACCCAAGACGUUGAGCUCCUUGUUGAAAAAUUUGACCAUUCUUGCCUUGACUGGCAACAGUAUCAGUGGAGAAAUACCUCCAUCGAUUGGAAGAUUCGAGAAUCUGCAAAUCUUGUAUCUCGAUAACAACAGCAUUGAAGGUUUCAUUCCGGAGGAGUUAUGUCGUAUCGGGAACCUGGCUGAGCUAUCACUGGCAAGCAAUACCAUUGGUGGAUUGAUCCCAAGUUGCAUAGGAAACCUCAGAUACCUUCAAAGAGUUUUCCUAAAUUCCAACAAACUGAACUCAUCAAUACCAGUCAAUUUAUGGAACCUUGAAGACCUCCUGUUCCUAGAUUUGUCAUUCAAUUCCUUAAGUGGAUACUUACCUCCUGACCUGAGAAUGUCAAAUGUCCUUGAGAUGAUAGAUUUGUCUUGGAACCGAAUUUCUGGAGACAUUCCGAGCAUCAUGGGAUCCUUUCAAAGCAUAAACUCUCUAAAUUUGUCCAACAACUUGUUCAUCGGAUCUAUUCCACAUACUUUUGGGAAAGGGUUGGAAAUUUUAGACCUGUCAUGCAAUAAUCUGUCCGGGCCAAUACCAAAGUCUCUAGAAAUACUCAAAUUUCUCAAGUAUUUGAAUCUCUCUUUUAAUCAACUCUCUGGAGAGAUUCCAUCAGCUGGACCUUUUGUUAACUUCACUGCCCAAUCAUUUUUGGGGAAUAAAGCACUCUGUGGGAGACCAGGUUUUGGAGUCCAACCUUGCAAGAAUCUUAGCACUCGAAAUUCAAAGACCGCGCAUUAUUUCCUCAGAUAUGCUAUUCCGGCUGUGAUAUCAACUUUGAUUCUGAUAGCCGCCAUUUUUAUGUGGAGAAAGUCUAGAAAAACAAGUGCAAGUGUUCCAAGUUCAGAAGAAUUGUCAAUGGCUCCAGGGCAUAGAAUGAUAUCAUAUCAUGAACUCCGUUGUGCUACAAAUGAUUUCUCUGAAAGCAACUUUCUGGGAGCCGGAAGUUUUGGCUCUGUGUACAAGGGAAGUCUUUCCGAUGGGACAACCGUUGCUGUCAAAAUUCUAAAUAUGCAAAUGGAAGGUGCCUCGAAAAGUUUCAUUGCAGAAUGCAAAGUAUGGCGAGCAAUACGACAUAGAAAUCUUGUCAAGGUGAUAACUACGUGCUCGAGUCCAGAGGUAAGAGCUUUGGUGCUGCAAUACAUGUCUAAUGGUAGCCUCGAGGAGUGGUUGUACUCUCGUAAUUAUUGUCUAAAUCUUUUUCAAAGAGUGAGCCUGUUGGUCGAUGUUGCAUCAGCUUUGGAAUAUCUCCAUCAAGGCCAAUUAGAGCCUGUAGUGCACUGUGAUUUGAAGCCUAGCAACAUCCUUCUUGACGAAGACAUGGUUGCACAUGUGGGGGACUUUGGUCUUGCUAAAAUUUUGGCAGGAAACAAGGAUGCAACACAAACCAGAACUCUUGGUACACUUGGUUAUGUUGUACCAGAGUAUGGUUCAGCAGGAAAAGUGUCAACAAGAGGUGAUGUGUAUAGCUAUGGAAUCAUGUUGUUUGAAAUAAUUGCAAGAAAGAGGCCAACAGAUGGAAUGUUUACGGAAGAACUGACCCUGAGGAAAUGGAUAAAUGCGUCGCUCCCUGACGGUAUUCUAGGAGUAGUGGAUAUUGGUUUAUUGAGCACAGAAGAGGGAAGAGAGAUGAAUGCCACAAAACGUAUCAUUUUAUCAAUCAUGGACAUCGGCUUGAGAUGUUCCGAAGAAGUGCCAGAAGAAAGAAUGGAUAUCAAAGAUGUGUUGCGGAAGCUCAUAAAAAUAAAAUCGGCACUUGAAAUGUAGAGACAGUGUGUUCGCUGUCCAUGAGAUUGACUUGGCAGUCCCUGUGUGUAUUUUGCUUGUUUUUUCAACUUGUAUUUCCUACUGUUGGUUCUGUAUAUGUGUAGACAUCGAAAUUUCAUAGGAUUUUCGUGUUUACAAUAUGUAUCAUUUUUCUAUUUUGCAAACCUUUCACUUUGUUUCAAGGAACGUGUAUGUCUUUCCAUAACUUAGGGAAAUGAUAUCCGCAUACUUCUUUUC